AUGUCCCACGAGCACUCACACGACGGUCCUCAUGGCCACGCGCACUCCCACGAGGGCGGCUUCAACGCCCAGGAGCACGGCCACUCUCAUGAGAUCCUUGACGGUCCUGGAAGCUACCUCGGCCGCGAGAUGCCUAUUGUCGAGGGUAGAGACUGGAAUGAUCGUGCUUUCACCAUUGGAAUUGGAGGACCCGUCGGUUCCGGCAAGACAGCCCUAAUGCUCGCCCUCUGCAACGCCCUCCGCGAAAAAUACUCCAUCGCCGCCGUCACAAACGACAUCUUCACCCGCGAGGACGCCGAGUUCCUCACCCGCCACAAGGCCCUGCCCGCCCCGCGCAUCCGCGCCAUCGAGACGGGCGGCUGCCCGCACGCCGCCGUGCGCGAGGACAUCUCGGCCAACCUCGCCGCCCUCGAGGACCUCCACCGCGAGUUCGACGCCGACCUGCUCCUCAUCGAGUCCGGCGGCGACAACCUGGCCGCCAACUACUCGCGCGAGCUGGCCGACUACAUCAUCUACGUUAUUGACGUGUCGGGCGGCGACAAGAUCCCGCGCAAGGGCGGUCCCGGUAUCACGCAAAGCGAUUUGCUGGUUGUGAACAAGACGGAUCUGGCGGAGAUUGUGGGCGCGGAUUUGGGUGUCAUGGAGAGGGAUGCGCGUAAGAUGCGCGAGGGCGGGCCGACUGUGUUUGCGCAGGUCAAGAAGAAUGUUGCUGUUGAUCAUAUUGUUAACCUCAUGCUCAGCGCGUGGAAGGCGAGUGGUGCGGAGGAGAACCGCAGGGGUAAGGGCGGACCGAGGCCUACUGAGGGUCUUGACAGCCUCAAGGCUUGA